GAAUAAUAUUUUUCAUUGCACACACAAGACAGGGGCAUACUUUUGCUUGCUUUUGCUCUCACAGCUGACGUCGUGAGUUUAUUAAAAAAUAAAAACACACAAAUCAAAUUGUAUAAAAAAAGUGCGUCGCAGUUGUGUUAAAGUACAUACAAGUGAAUAUAAUAUAUUUUUUUUUUUUUUAUAAAAUUAAUAAUAAUGAGCUUGACACCGAAAUCCUUCAAGGAAAAGCGAUCAUUUGCACAAAGAGUAGCUGAUGUUGAGGUAAUACGUGAAAGACAUCCAAAUAAAAUUCCUAUAAUUGUUGAAAGAUAUUAUGGUGAACGACAAUUACCAUUACUUGAUAAAUCAAAAUUUUUAGUACCUGAUCAUUUAACUGUUGCUGAGUUAAUUAAAAUAAUAAGACGACGACUACAGCUGCAUCCAACACAAGCAUUCUUUGUGCUAGUUAACUCAAGAAGCAUGGCAAGUGGAAGCAUGACAAUGGCUCAGCUGUAUCAACGUGAAAAAGAUGAAGAUGGAUUUCUCUACAUGGUCUUUGCAAGUCAAGAAGUAUUUGGGUGUUAAUUAUCAAAUUAUUAUUACCUGUGUCUUUUUGUUUUUUUUUAAAUUAUUUUCUUGGCUUUUUGCACAAAUAAAAAAAACAUGAUUUAAAAGCCUGUCUAGAUGAGAAUGGUUUGAAAAAAAAUUACUCAUCAUUGACUAUAUAAUAUUUCACUUGAGUAUAUAUACAAUUAUUUAUGUUUCCUGAUGGUUUUCAUCUGCAUCAUGACAAUGUUACGUGAUAUUAAUGUUUAAAUUACAAAACCUAGACAAUGCGUGUAUGUAGAUGUUGAUAAUAAUUGUGGUUGCAUAUUGAAGAAAAAAAAAUAUAUAAAAUAUAUAUUUCUUUGAUAGAAAUUUAUUUGAAUGUAAAGCUUUCGACUUCCAGUGAUGGAUGAGAUUAGUACGACUGAUAAAAAAAAAACCAUAUGGUUAAAUACAUGAUUAAAUUAAGAAUAAAUAUUGACAAAAAAAUCUCAUUUAAUAAAUUUAAUAAGUUUAAUUAAAUAUGUUAAAGCCUAAGGUAUAGAAUAUAAAUGUUAAAUAUAAGUUUGAGUUUAUGUUAAAAUAUAAUUAAAUGUUCAAUAUAAAGUACCUAUUAAAUAAAUAAAAUGAAAAAAAAAAAAAAACUGGGAUCUAAUUCGAUGAAUAAUUAAUUAAAGCAACAAUAAAAUUUAUAUUUAAAAAAAAAAGUUCAGUAUUUAAAUAAUUUCGUUAAAUAAAUAAUUAUAAAUUUCAAAUUUGUAAUAAUAAAUGAUCAAUUAAUUAUAUAUCAAAUAAUAUUUUAUAAUUCGUUAUGAAAAUUAGCCACAAAAAUUUGAAUGAACUAGAUUUAAAAAAAUAAAAACAACACAAAAUACGAAUUAAUUAAAAUUAAUUUAAUCAUCAGUCACGUUCCACGUUCAUUAUUAGACUAAUAAUAAUAAAAAAAUAUAAAGACACUAUAAUAAUAACAACAAAGAUUUAAAAAAAAAAAUAUAUUUUGCAUUGACUGUACCGAGGGUGUAACAAUGCAUAACAAACCAAUUUUGUUUUUUCUACAAUUAAGAAUCAGAAUAUAUUAAAUAAAUAAUUACAAAUUAACAGCCAGAGAAAAAAAACUAUUUACAAUAAAUUAUAAUUAAAUUAUAUAAUAAAAUAGUACCAAAAUAAAAUUAAAAAAAAAAACACAAGUCCAGCAAGUUGCUCUAGAUAUUUUAUGUAUAAUAAAAAAUAAAAAAAAAAUGAAAAAAAAAAUAUAAUAUAUCUAAAAUACCGUAUCAAUAAAUAGUAAAAAAAAAAAGAAAAUUAUUUAUCCA